UGCUCUCAUCACCUCGACAUCCUCCUCGACCUCAACCCCCACACGACAAUGACCUCAAUCAUCCUAACCGGCGCAACGGGCACCGCAGGCUCCGCGGUGCUCCACACGGCCCUCGCCUCGCCCCUAAUCUCGCAUGUGACGGUGCUCGCGCGCCGCCCCCCGGCCAUCACGCACGACAAGCUCGAGACGAUUAUUUUGCCCAGCGACGAGUACCCCAAGGGGUUUGACGCGAUCCCCGACUCGCUUGUCGAGCAGCUGCGCAAGCGCGGGAGCUCGGCGGUCGUUUGGGCGCUGGGCGUGAGCCAGCGGGAUGUGGACAAGGAGACUUAUGUCAAGAUCACCUACGACUACACUGUCGAAGCAGCCCGCGCGUUCCAAUCCCUCGGCACGCCCGACAAGCCGUUCCGCUUCGUCUUCGUAAGCGGCAUGGGCGCGGACCAGACGGAAAAGUCGUACCCGAUCUUCGCGAAGAUCAAGGGACGCGCGGAGAAGUGGCUCGUGGAGCACGAGACGGAGAGCUUCAAGGCCGUCAACCUGCGUCCUGGCGGCAUCGUGCCCACGGCCGAACACGCCAAGAACGUGCCGUUCGUCCAGAAGGCGAUGAUCAGCGCUGCUGGGUGGCUGCUUCCCUCGCGCAUGAUCCAGAGCACGGACCUUGCGAAGGCGGCGGUCGAGCUCGCGGCCGGUAACGGCUGGGAGGCGCGCGACAAGGCCGAGCACUGGAUCGAUAACACCGCGCUUAACCGCCUCGCCAAGGCGUACGACGAGCAGAUUGCGCACUGAGCCGCGUUGGCGGGUAUGGGGCUGUUGUAAGAUGCAUAGAGUAUAGACUUG